AUGUUCGCACUUCGAAGAUACCUUGCGCUCGCCGCACUCAUAGCAGCCUUCUCUGCCGGCGCCGCCGCCCACACCUGGGUUGAAGAAUACCAAGUCAUUUCGGAAAAUGGAACUUACACUGGCGCUGUGGGCUACACCCGCGGCUAUGUACCGCGUUCUGACCCAACCUUCAAUGGAUUCUCCAUGCUCUGGCUCCAACCCGAUUCCACCGCCCGAAACAGCGACCAGACAACGCGAACCCRCAUCAACUCCACCGACUUUGUGUGUCCACCCCAACAACGAACAUCAAACUACACAGCCGCCUUCCCCAAACUUCAGGUGUCUCCUGGUGACUUUGUCGCAAUGAAGUACCUCGAGAAUGGUCACACUACACUUCCCUGGAACAUCACCGGCAAGCCUGCCGCCGGUGGCACUGUCUUUGUUUUCGGAACCACCCAGCCGUCUGACACCGAGACCAUCGCCGACGUCAUGCAGUGGAAUACCGCCGGCGAUGGUGGCAACAAGCGCGGAUUUCYCUUGACGGCCCAGAACUUCGACGACGGACGAUGCCACCAAGUCAACUGCGGAAGCAUCUCCCAACAGCGACAAAUGCUGACUCCCAACCACCCUGUCGACCAGAACACCACUAGCGUCGAGUCGUGGUGUGAGUCGGACGUGAAGAUCCCCGAAAGUGCCGCUACCGGCCUCCUCACCAUCUACUGGGUUUGGCAGUGGCCCACCGCACCAAACGUCGAUUGCAAUGCUCCCGCUGGCAAAGACGAAUACUACACCUCCUGCGCCGACUUCGACGUCGUAGCUGCCGGUUCGGCCAAGAAUGUCGCAGUCGCCGUCGCCAGUGAUGCACCCGCCGCAAAUCCGCAAACCGCUGCCGUCAGCGACUGGAAAUCUCGCACCGCACACACGACCUCUCCAUCUGUCGAUCUCAUGGACAACACCAACAGCAAAGUCGCAAGAUCUGUGGCGCCUGUUCAGACCGCAUUUGCCAGCGCGUGCUCCGUUCAAGCUAGCAUCAUCUCGGCCAACAACCUUGGCGUCUGGCCACAAGUCUAUGUCCCAAACACAUGUUCCGUCGUAACUACCUUCGGCACUGCCGCUGCAUCCGCAGCCGCUGCUGAGUUUGACAAGGCCGCUUCUUCAUACUCAGCCGGCUCAAAGGAGGCCUGGAAUGCUGCAUUCGCAAAGGCUGGAGUGCCAAUUCAGACACCCGUGCCCUGGUCUGCGGCUUUCUCGACUGGAAGCGCUUCACCUGCACCGUCAAGUGCUCCGGCAUAUGUCCCGGCUGAGACUGGGUCAUCGAGCAUGGCAGCUCCUUCAGGUGCUCAGUCAAGUGCUCCUGCAAGUGCUGCUUCUCCCGCACCCACUGGGUCGGCGCCUCAAGCCGUGGCAACGAGCAUCGAGACUGUAGUCGUCGUUAUCACAUCGACUCUCCCUCCAGGCGUGCCAAUACCGACUGAUGGUGUCUACACUGGUGUACCGAUACCGAGUAAUGGUACUUACACUGGUGUACCGAUACCCACAAUCAGCACAGUUGGGCGUCGUCAUGCGCGAAGCUUCUAG